GAGUGACACCUCUGCGCUUCUGCCCAAUCUCUACUACUACUUACACACGGCCGGGAAUCUCACUUGUCCAGUUAUUGACAAUGAGCAGCUCUGAGCAGCCCAAAGUGACUACAGCUCCACACGUAGUGAAGGAGGAGCUCAUUGCAACAGGGAAAUGGGUGAAACUGGAGAAAACGACAUACGUGGACCCAGCUGGAAACACCAGAACCUGGGAGACUGUGAAAAGGACCACAAGGCAGUCCAACACAGAAGCAGAUGGUGUGGGAAUCAUUGCUCUCCUGAAACGGACUCUCCACAAAGACUGUGUGGUGAUGGUGAAGCAGUUUCGUCCUCCUCUGGGAUGCUGCACUCUGGAGUUUCCUGCGGGGUUGAUUGAUGACGGGGAAACUGCGGAGGCUGCUGCACUGAGGGAGCUGAAGGAAGAAACAGGCUACAAAGGAGAAGUCGUAGGAGUCACUCCAGUGACCUGUCUGGACCCCGGGCUGUCUAACUGCACCACCCAAAUCGUCCUGGUCAACAUCAAUGGAGACGAAGUGGAGAAUAUUAACCCGACGCAGCAGCUCGGUGAUGGAGAAUUCGUUGAAGUCAUUCUUUUACCUCUUGAUGAAUUCCAGAUGAAAAUAGAUGAACUGCUGACGAAAGAGAAAAUCGUGGUGGAUGCUAAAGUUUACAUCUUUGCCAUGGGGAUGGUUCAGGCCUUCUUCAAACCGAGGGAGCUCCCCAUCCUGAAGCAGUGAAGUUAAAUCAGGAUGAGAAUGAGAGAAAGAAAUAGUCUUUUCUGUUACAUAGGGCUCCUACACAGGACUGGAAAAUUUGGAAAUGUACUGAAAAGGAAAUGGAUGAUUUCCAAAUUCUAAUAAGACGUUAUGUGAAGUAUUCCUCUUGUAUUACGGCUUUACAUGCCAUGUAACCUCAUAUUUUAAUAUCUGAAAUCUGUGAAGUGUAAUGGCCAUCCACAGAGCAAGAUGGCUGUCAGAAGACGCAAGGCAAUAUGCGUUUAAUUCAGACUGAAUGCAAAAAUCUUGAAAUCAAAUUAUGAAAUCAAAGUCUCGGACUAAGAAACUGAACCUAUGAAGGAGCCCUGUUUACACUACAUGUACUGGACCACUUUGCUCUCAGUGUGGAGGUUCUACGAUACACCUCAAGCCCGGAAACAUAUUCUGGUGGCCAGUUAUCUGCUCACUGAAAGCAGAAUUUGUUUCAGGCUUUAGUCUUGUAUGCCUUGAGUAACAGUCAUUUCCAGGUUUUUAUGAGAUUAUAAGUAGUAUAAUGGAUUGCAAUUUAAGUAAUUUUAGGUAGUUAUUGUAAAACAUUCCUGUCUUUUGCUAACAUACUGUUUUGCUGAUGUAAUGCAGAAAGAAAAUAACUUCAAAACACGUAUACUGUUAAAAACUGGCUAUGAGUGAAGUAUGUUGCAAAAUUAGCUCCAUUUGUUUGGUACAUUCAUCUUUUUCUCCUGGAAACUUCAGUAGUAAAUAUUAGGUUUUGGUGUCAAAUCCCUCAGAAUCAAAGAUUUAAAGAUUUUUGCACAAACAUUUAACAUGACUCACUUAGUCAAAGGAAAAUGAAAAAAGAAAUGGACGGAUCAUAAAUCACUCAAGCACACAUCACUCUUCUGGAUUUUGCCUAAAGGCAUCCUGGGAGCCGAAGGAAUUCACUCAUUAACAUUAGAGAAGGUAAACAAGCCAUUAGUUACAAAAUAACUCCUGCAUAUGUGGUGACAGUAACAUUUUUUUUGUCUAUUAACAGUGUUAAUGAGUUGUUGGGGUGUUUUUUUUUUUGUCAUGCCACUGUAAUUGACAACCGAAGUACUGUAUUGAUAAAGGCAGUAACUAAUAGGAAAUAUUCCAUGCUGUGCCUCCAAACUCAUUGUGGUGCAACUGGACACUGAAACUGUACUUACCCUAGAAACUAGAAAUUACUGACCAAUGAAUAAAUGUGGUACUACCUUUGCUCUUACUGGACUCUGUGCUUCUGUCUCAAACUGACUUGUCAGCAACAAAUAGUAAAAGUGAAAGUAUUUUUUGCUAGGGGCAUGUGUCUGAGCUGUUAUUUAUACACUUAAUAUGUUAGCAACACAUGUGCUCAUGCAUGUAUCAGACACAAGCUCCUACAAAUAGCUUUGUAAGUGGCAAUGCUCUGAUGUGAUUUGGGAUUUUACCCCAUGAAGACAAGAUAUCUAUUCCCAGUUCUAUAAUAAUGCAUUCAUUAUUAUAGAUGAAUACAUGUCCUAUGUGCGAUCCCUCUAAUCAACAGUACAGUAUUGUGUAGGAUUUGAACUAAUCCAGUGUUAA